CUCCCCCGGUCAAGCGUCCAGGCCAGUGGUCAUUUUAAUGUUGGGAGAGCGUGAAUGAGCAUCUUGAAUUGCCUUUAAUACACGUGUGCAACUAGAAUUUUGGGUUGUUUGGGAGUAGCUAUGAUAUAUGGAUGACGCUGACGCCAAGAUUAUAGCAACAGCUCCCCUGGACUUCGUCCCGGCGAGCUAAAAAUACUCGCUUCUACACGUAAAGGUUAAAAUAUGGGACGUUUUACAAGGAUAUGACGUCAAGUUUUACUAUCGAUCGGAGGUAUUGUGUAAUUCGAUUCGAUGAUGUACAGUUAAGGGACUUUAUCAACUGUUAAACUAUUUCACGGAUACAGGUCAGAUGAAUGAAACAGAAAAUAGACUUGCAUCAUCAUAUGGACCAUCUUAGUAUUUAUAAAGCUGUCAUAGAGGAUCCUCAUAGAUGUAACGGUGACUGGCUAUAGCGAAUCAACCAAAACAAACGAGAGUCUUGGUAAGUGAAAUUCGACAAUUAUGUUGACUUCUUGGUGUGCGCGGACUCUCCGACUCUCGAGCACUCGGACGGUAGGACGUCCGUUCGUGAGUCAGGUUUACGGACAACAGUUUAGUAACGAUGGCAACCGGAAGUUAAAGACAUCUGUAGAACCGAUACCGAGGCCAAGUAAGGACAAAGAUAUGCGAGAAUUGGAAAAGGAAAUCCGCAACGAGCUUAGUGUCCAUAACAGAACAGAGAGCACAGUCGUGCACCACCGGAGAAGAUCAAAAGAGAUGGUUAGCCCGCGCGAUAUUGAACAGAUAGUGGAAAGUCAUGUGCUUGAUUCUAUGCGAAAGGGGGACUUUGAUAACCUUCCAGGAUUCGGUAAACCAUUUAAAGAGGAAUACGAAAAUCCUUUCAUGGAAACUGGUCUAGCGAAAAUCAAUAGGAUACUGAUUAGUGAAGGAUAUAAGCCAUCUUGGAUUUUACUUGGAAAGGAGAUUAGGACGGGCAUUACAGAUGCAAGAUUUAAACUAGCUCUGGAGAGAAGUAGAUUGAAAACGCUUCCCUUACGCCCUGAGGAUCAGGCCAGACUUCAGGUGCAUAAAGAAAAGUUUGAAAACAUUAUUCUAAAACUGAACGAAAAGAUUCAUAAACACAACUUGGAAGUGCCUCUGAUUCGGAUGCAAAAGGUUGCAUUUUCAAUAGAAAAUGAAAAGAAAAAAGUGUUAGACAAUUACCAAAGCUAUAUUCCCGCCGACUUCAAAGAUAGUGAAGCAAUUGACUAUUUCAGACAAACCGACGGUUUGGCUGGAGUGUGGGCAGACGUGCUGGGGGUAUUUAAGAAGAACAAUACCGCUAGUUAAUAUACAAGUUAUUGACGGGCAUUAUGUCUUCGAUAGGCGAAUCAUGAAAUUAAGUAGCCCGAGUUUCCUCUGGCCAUGACACCAUGUCUGGUGUAGAGCCCCUACACCAGACAUGGUGUCAGGGCUAGAGGAAACUCGGGCUAGAAAUUGAGGUGUAUUGCCAAAGAAGUAGUAAGUUUGAAUAUCGUCACAACGCUAAGCGAACUACCAAUUAGACUGACGUUGUGGGUUUGUUCGAGUAUCCCCAACAACAUGGCUAGCGGGUACAUUAUGUGCCAUUGUAGUAGGAAAACUUCGCUUUCAUCGCCGACAAUUUAUUUUUAUAAGAGGCUGAAUUUAUCGAUGAUAUUACCGGAACAUACCAUUAUGACCAAGCCUGCUCUUUUACUUUCGUCUUGAUCCAUUUAUCUAUUUAUUGGGUCAAGAAAUGCAUUAAAAUCGUGAUCGCCUACACACAUUUUCUUAAGGUGAUCAUUAGUACAAAAUUCUGUAUGGCAUAUCAGCCUGAUGAGCCUAAAGAGAUAUUUGUUAUCACAAUGUAUGGUCACAUGGCUACUGUUAUGUUUUCAGUAUAUACAUUGUAGUUAUAAUAGUAUAACGUCAUAUUGUUAUGCUAUAAAUUAUUAUUAAAUUAUAUUUAUUACAUUGUU